AGGGGAGGAGAUGUUUCUACACUGCUACAGGUAUAAAUUACAAGGCGUUUGCUCUUUGAUCCCACAUACUUCACCUACUGGCAGGAUCUCAUUGAACUGAGCUCAACUCUCCCAGAUGGGGCAGAUCAUUUCCAAGCAGAAUGUUCUGCCUCGCACCGUCCGCUUCAUGGCCCAAGAGGAAGGCCCCCCCAGAUACUCCCCGCAUCACUUCGACGGCAGGAAUCCGAACCUCCGCACCAAUCCCACCGUCAUCGUCUCGGACGAGGACUCCAGCAGCACAGCGGACCGGCGGGGCUCGCGGGCGGAGCUGCGCCGUUCCUCCCUCUACAGCACCAUCGACCUGGUUCCUCAGCUGGAGCAUUAUGCUAGCUCCAUACCGCGCCAGCAAGUGAGGAGCAGACCCUCCCUGGAGGUGCUGAGGAAGGCCUUUGAGGAUGUGGAAGUCAGCGUGGACGGGGAAUCCACUCUAGGCCCCAUUGGCAUCCCAGUGCCAGAAAAUGAAAAUGAGGAAUCUAAGGACCCCAACGAGAAGGCUCCAGUUCGGUUUGGCUGGAUAAUUGGAGUGAUGGUGCGCUGCAUGCUGAAUAUUUGGGGGGUCAUCCUGUUCCUCCGCUUGUCAUGGAUCACCUCCCAGGCAGGUGUUGUGCUGACGUGUGUGAUCAUCCUCAUGUCUGUGGUGGUGACCUCUGUGACGGCGCUCUCCAUUUCUGCCAUCGCCACUAACGGCAGGGUCGUUUCAGGUGGAGCAUAUUUCAUGAUCUCCCGAACUCUGGGUCCAGAGAUCGGAGGACCGAUCGGGAUGGUCUUCUCCUUCGCCAACGCCCUUGCCUGUGCGCUCAACACUGUUGGCUUUGCAGAAGUGGUCCGUGAUCUCAUGCAGGAGUUUAACGUCGUCAUGGUUGAUUCAAUCAACGAUGUACGCAUUGUGGGCGUGAUCACUGUGACCGGCCUUCUGCUCAUCUCACUGGCUGGAAUGGAGUGGGAGUCCAAAACUCAGAUUUUGUUCUUCUUGGUUCUGUUGGUGUCCUUUGCCAAUUACUUUGUGGGAACAUUUAUUCCUCCAAAAAUUGAAAAACAAGCCGUCGGGAUCUUUGGAUACAGAGGAGAUGUAUUUGUUGAAAACUUGACACCAAACUGGAGAGGGCCUCAAGGAAGCUUCUUUCAGAUGUUUGCCAUUUUCUUUCCAGCCGCCAUUGGAAUCUUGUCUGGAGCUAACAUUUCUGGAGAUCUUAAAGACCCAGCUGUUGCCAUCCCCAAAGGAACACUAAUGGCUAUUUUUUGGACAACAGUUAGUUACCUAGGGAUCGCUGUAACUGUUGGGGCAUGUGUGGUGCGAGACGCCUCUGGAAACGUGAGUGACAUAAUCACUGGAAACAGCACUGAGGGUUGCGUGGGUCUGGCAUGCAACCUGGGCUGGAACUUCACUGACUGCAUCCAGUCCCAGUCCUGUCAGUAUGGGCUGGCCAACAGUGUGAAGGUUCUGGGACAGGUUUCUGGAUUCUACUACCUCAUCACUGCUGGAGUUUUUGCUGCCAGUUUAUCAUCUGCUCUUGGAUUUCUCGUCUCUGCUCCAAAAGUCUUUCAGUGUCUGUGCAAUGACAAAAUCUACCCAUACAUCAUAUUUUUUGCAAAGGGUUAUGGGAAAAAUAAUGAGCCUCUACGAGCCUAUGUUCUCUGCUACCUGAUUGCUGUGGCCUUCAUCCUCAUUGCUGAGCUGAACACCAUUGCAGCCUUGAUCUCAAACUUCUUCCUGUGCUCCUACUGUCUGAUAAACUUCAGCUGCUUUCAUGCCUCCAUCACUAACUCCCCAGCCGUGGUUCUAAUGUUUCUGUUCACAUGGUGGGCUGCUCUGGUCACUUUCUGCAUCAUCUUCUUCCUGUUUGGAUACGUCAACUACAAUAAACCAAAAAUAAACUGGGGUUCAUCAGUUCAAGCGGGCACAUACAACAUGGCUCUGUCCUACUCCGUCUCUCUGACCAAUGUGGAGGAUCACGUGAAGAACUUUAGGCCUCAGUGUCUGGUCUUGACUGGACCGCCAAACCAGCGACCUGCUCUGGUUGAUUUUGUUGGUUGCUUCACAAAACACAUCAGCCUCAUGAUCUGUGGAGACAUCGUCAUGGAGCAGGACAGAAAGACUCGACCAAACAACACCACAGACGUGUUGGUGAAGUGGCUUAACAAGAGGAAGGUGCGAUCCUUCUAUACUCCUUUCAGCGGAGAUAACCUGAGACUUGGAGCACAUCAUCUGCUACAGGCUUCUGGACUCGGCAAGUUAAAACCCAACACUCUGGUUCUGGGCUUUAAGGCAAACUGGAGGGACAGCGCUCCAGAUACCAUCGAGGAUUAUAUUAACACCAUUUAUGACUCCUUUGACUCCAAUUACUGUUUGUGCAUCUUGAGGAUGAUGGACGGCCUGGACGUCACUGCGGACUUGGAUUUUCAAGUGAACGAUGGCUUUGAAGCUGAUGAACCUGAAGAACCCGUGGAACACGAUGACCAGCAGAGUAAUGAUGAAGACCCAGCUGCUGACAUGUCUGAUGAAGACAACAGUGAUCAGAUCAAGACUGUUUUCCAGAACAAUCAGGGCAAAAAGACCAUUGAUGUCUACUGGAUAGCUGAUGAUGGAGGUCUGACUUUACUGGUGCCCUACCUGCUGACCAGGAGGAAACGCUGGCGCCGCUGCAAGGUCAGAGUCUUCAUCGUGGGAGAUGAACAAAACGAGGAGGAGGGCCGCAAGGAGAUGAUCGCUCUGUUGAAGCGUUUCCGUCUGGAUGUUAAUGAUGUCAUCGUCAUGACGGACAGUGAGAAGCGUCCUCAAGCUAAGAGCCUGACCCGGUUCGUGGACAGCGUCGCCCCCUUCAGGCUGUAUGAUGAACAGCAGGAAGGCGCUUCAGUGCAGGAGCUGAGACAGAACGCCCCGUGGAAAAUAUCUGACAAAGAGUUUGAGGUGUUCAGGCUUAAGUCUGAGAGGAAGAUCCGGCUGAAUGAAAUCAUCCGCAAGAACUCACAACACACUGCUCUGGUCCUCGUGAGCCUCCCUGUGCCGCACAGAGACUGCCCCAGCGCUCUGUACAUGGCCUGGCUGGACACGCUGACCUGCGGCCUUCACUGUCCCGCCGUGCUCAUCCGAGGAAACCAGCAGAACGUCCUGACUUUCUACUGCCAGUAAACCCUGAGGAGUUCUGAAGGAACUAGAACAAAACUGACUUCCUAAAAACAACCAGAGAGACGAAAGCAGCAGCUGCAUGACCAGAACGAAAGGAUUCGAAGAGUUAGGUCACAUUCUCAGACUUUUACCAUCCUUUUGGAUAAGAAAAAAUAAAACUCAGUUUGUUGAGCUUUGAAUCCUAAUAAUCACCAAAAUAAUGAGUCAUGGAUUGUGAGAGAGCUGCUCAGAUAAUAGAGAUCAUGAAAGCAAAGAGACAACUCUCAUUAGUGAGUCAUUAGACAGCUUCAUUUGCAAAUAAUCAUUAUUGGAUGAGAUGAUAAGGUUACCUCACUUGUGUGGUUCUGCUUUGAAUACACAACAAGGAUGCCAAUGAAUGCAUUGGUGUACCUGGAAAAAACUUCAUUGGAAGGAGUUGUUAGAAGUCACAGACAGGAGCUUGAUGCUUGCAAUGUUUCUCCAUCCCUUCUCCCAAAAGGAGAGAUCCUUCAAUAUGAUACAAAACAUAAAGCAAAACGGAUGGAAAUGCAAGAAGAGCUUCAACAAAGACACGGAAAAGCUGAGAUGAAAGUGGAGUGAUGUAGAGCCAGAACACAUGAUGUGUGAUAAAAAGUUUGAGUUCAGGGAGAACGGUUGUGUGACUUUAAAGACCAGAGAGAUAUUAUGAAAAGUCAAGUUUGAGUGCUUGAGAAAGGUCAGAGUUUUGUUUAAAAUUUUCAGAUGUAAAACUUUCAAUGUGAAAGGUUUUGUUUAUUCCAGCACUUCUUAACUUUUGUAUUAUACUAGGUUUCUUUUAAUUAUUGCCCUUUUUUUUUCCUCUGUUUUAGUACUUCUUGCAAAUGUCAUUGAGCAUCGAGAUUGAAAAUGUCUGUUUUCCUAUAAACUUGUGACUCUAAAGUCACUUCAAUGCUGCUUUGGGACUUUAUUGAAGCUAAAAUAAUUCUGCUUUUGAUUUUAUUAAAAAAAAGAAUGAAACUGAAAGUAUCUUUUGUUAUCUGAUGUGUCAACUGUAAAUCUGUAAUUUAUGCUUUACUAUAGAUUAAUUCAAUAUCCUGUAAGUAAACUGUGGUUUUAAACCAAGCCUGUAAAUCUGUAAAACAGAAGGUGAUUUUAUGAAGAUCUUUGUUUUUUGUUUGUUUUUUCUCAUUAAAAUUGUUGAUUAAUUGUU